AUGCAGAGCAAGCACACACAGACCAACCACAACCACAGUGAAAGUGUUUUUGCCACAUGGAGUAGCAAACACAACUUGCACAAGCACAUCCAAACCAAGCACUACACCAGUGAAAGGAGCAGCCAGCAGCAGCCCAGCAGCAAGGACCUCAACAUCAACACCAACCACACACACACUGAACGGAGCAGCCAGCAGCAGCCCAACAUCAAGGCCCCCAUCAACACCAACACCACAUACAACAAACGGUGGAACUAUAGCAGCAGGGGUAGCGCUGGGUACAGCAGUCCUGUUGAUCGUGGGCCUGGUUCUCCUCAUUCGCUGGCACAGAAGGAGAGGAAACAAGAGGCCAAAGGACACCACAACCAUUCUGUUGGGGACCCCACCACUGGUCUGAACUCUAUCAGGGACACCCUACCAGUCAUAGGAGGCCUUCAUGACCAGCAUCUCAGUGUGGACGGAGAUCAGGGCGGAGGUCCAACAUACGCCUCUAUUGUCCUGCCUGAGGGACAGAGGAGCGUGGCUACAGCACAGGUUGAGGACGAUUCCAGCGAUGCAGUGACCUACUCCUCAGUGAGGGCCUCUCCCAGAGGUGGAGAGAAGGCUGGUGAUGUGGACGUACACUACGCCACCGUCAACAAACAGGCAAAAUAACAAAACAUCGGUAGAUGAGUACGUGAUGUAACAGAGCCAGCAGUAGCAGCCAGCAGUAGAAAUUAUGAAUAUAUAAAAAUAUAAAAAACUGUUAUUGUCAAUAAGAAUGCUCUUUCACAUGAGGGUUACAAGAGGGAAAAGUGAAUUACCAUUAAAUACCGGUAAUUAUAAGUUACCAAAGUUUAUUAAAGUUAAUCAUAAAUUGCACAUAUAUCCCGUCUUGUAUCCAUGAAGUAGGCAACUAGCUCAUAUCUCAGUGGCGAAGCUAGACCUUUUUUGAUUGGGCUGAAGCCCACCUCGAAUUGUCAUGAGUUCACAUACAUUUGAUUAUUCCUUCAUCAAAACAGUUUUUUUUCCUUUCAUCACUUUAGUGGUUAAGAACUUUAUUAUUUAGCUCACAUUGCCAUCUAUUGGCUAAGACAUGCAACAGCAUAGUAACUAAGAAAAUAAAAGUCACAGAAUCCUGGACAGGACAUAAGAAAAAUCAUGGAUAAUAUAAUAAUAAUAAUGCUACAUUUACAACAGUGUUGUCUAUAACUUAGAUAAAAACGUUAGGUAAUAUUCAUUUAUUCUUUAAGAGGCUAGAGUCUAGCCAAAAUGUUUAAUCUUCUCCUCUGGGAUGAAAUACUCAUUGGUAUUAUGAGUUCAACUGAGGUUAAACUGUUACAAAAGGUCUGUGCUUUUCUGACAAUAAACCAGCAGACUGUUCAAAAAUGUACAAUGUAUUGGAUUGAUAGAUAAAUAGAUAGAUAUACCCCCCACCAGAAUAAAUUUAGGAUCUCCACCAAUUCACCCUAUAAUGCAGCAGAAUGCAGGAAAUCGCAUCUACGAUAUUCAAAAUCCCCCCCCACACACACACACCUUUAUUAUUUCAUAUACCCCUGUUGCUUCCUGGGGCUGAGCCCCACCAAAAGUCAGAACCUAGAAUCGCCCCUGGCAUAUCUUACUAUAAAAUAUGAAAAUGCUAGUAUUUAGACAGCCUUUAGAGGACGCCGUAGACUAAACUGAUGGGGAAUGUGAAAAAGUCGGCCUAGAACUGUUUUAUUAAACAUCCAUGGCUACAGUGAGACCUUAUCAAAAGGACUGUAUCAUGUUGUGUUAUGUUAUGUUACAUUUACCGUGUGUAUAUGUAUGUAAAGCGAGAUGUGAAUCUGUGGUUUUAGUUCAUGCUUCAUUCUUUUGUUGAGCUGCUUCUACAUGACAGCAUCUUCUGUUUGGCAUUAUGUAGUCUCAAUUUAAAGAAAGUGUUACUUGGUGAGAAUUAUAUUAAAGAUAUCAGUAAGAAAAUG